GCCUCCUGUCAGCGCUUCCCCGCUUCGUCCCUGGGGCUCUCCUCUCAGCGUGCGGCUGGUCCUGCUUCCCUCACAGGCUCCUGCUGACAGACCCUGGCUCAGCCCAGAGGACAGGCAGUGCUGCUGCUGCUGCCCCACAGACCCUCCUGCUGCUCCUGGCUUCCCACAGGUCUCUGCUGUGUCACCCCUCGGGCCCUAGGCACCUUCUCCGCAGCUGGUGGCAGCGGUCAUCUUGACUAAUAACAUUCACAACUUCUAAAACAAACAUCACUAAAUUGAGAGCCAAUGAUGGUUUUCCAGUGGUGAACAAGUAAACAAACAUAUCAAGCCUGCAUCAGAUCAUUUGUUCAGCAUGGAACUGUGCAAUAGUUAAAGAUAUUGGUGUCAUGUUUUUACAGCACAUUGUUGCUUAAUACCAAUACAUCUACCAAAACAUGAAGACUAAAACCAAAGGAAAGAAGCAAAGGCAUGCUGUGGACAAAGAAGCAUUUUCUGAGGAGUCAGCAAUGAGAAAAAAAGAACUGGUGAAAUGUUUUCGACACAAAGAAAGGAGGAAUGGGGGAAACAAGGAGAGCAGCAAGAUCACUACAGCCAGAGCCAAGCAUCCUUGGAGCAAUAAGGACAGGCAUUUGAGGAGACUGGAAAGCAACAAGCGGGAGAGGCAGAGAAUGCACAAGCUCAACAACGCGUUCCAGGCUUUGCGGGAGGUGAUCCCUCACGUGAGAGCUGAGAAUAAACUUUCCAAAAUAGAGACUCUCACACUGGCCAAAAAUUACAUUAAAUCCUUGACCUCCAUUAUACUCAAUAUGUCCAACGGACACUAUCCAGCAGCAGAAGGGAUGGGGGGAGCCUGGGGGUCCAAAUUGUACCAGCAUUACCAACAGCAACAUGGGGAUGAUGAUCAUGAGGAACAUCUACAAAAAUAUUCCAUGUAAAUUCAUAGCUUCAGCCAAAACACCUACAGUUAGCUACUACCAUAAUUCUUUUUCCUUCUUGCAUGAUAAUACAUGUCGGUACAUAGAGGUUUUAAGAGAUUCUUUUUGCCUCCAGCUAUCUCCUAUUUUUUCUUAAAAAGACAAACAGGUAACACUCAUGGCUAUAGCUUAUAUGGCACAUUAAAAAAUUACCUUAAAUUAUAAGAAUUUUUCAGAGCUUAAUGGAUAUAUUUGUGUGGUGCAUCAGGGUCUGGAAACCUAUCCUGUAACACUGCAGUUGACCUGAAAGUAAAGAUUUUGUAACUUCUGAAAAUUAAACUUCCCUGGAAGGGUUGUGAGUUGAGUGUUUAAGGCCCACGUCACCUGAGCUCAGUAGAGCUUGUUGAGAAUCUUGGUUGUAGCGCUGUUCACCAGCCUUUCAGUGACUCUGUUCUUAUCUAUCAUGCUAUGGAGGAAAUUAAAAUUGAUGACAACAUUUGACUAACUUGAUGAGUGAAGUGGCCCGUAUGGGAAAUUGGCCACCAAAUCUGAAUAUUUAUCUUGUGUUUUGGAUCUGCUCUGAUAAUUUUGAACCUUGCAAAGCAUAAAAACUUUUAAAGUACUUGUUAAUGUAAACAUCUACAAAGCUUUCUUAGAUUGUAAGCUCUCUAGAGUGAGGACAUUUUCUGGUCUAUGUUUCCAGAGCAUCCAGCCUCAUGGAGUUUUUCUUUAGUGGGUCUCUGGGUGCCAUUGUAAUACAAAUAAUAAAUAAGGGACAAAUGACUUAUUUUUGCCAAAACUAUGAUAAUACUUUAGUAUAGUCAUAAGUUAGACAAUGAUCUAUCCAAUUAAAAAUUAUUUGCUAAUGAAGCCUGUAAUGUGAUCAGGAUCCUUUCUUGGUUAGUGCUAGAUUCUGGUAUUAUAAAACACAAUAAAUGAAGCAGGAACU